CUCGCUCGGCAUGCGCUGCAGCGGCUCUGCGGCGCCCCGGGCCCCAGCUGCCUGCACCCCGCGACCCUAAAGGCCGACCGGCCACUGGCGCGCCAUGGCCACGCUGCCGAGCGCAGACCGCCGCGCGUUCGUGCUCAAGAUCAACAGGUAUUCUGCAGCGGAAAUAAGGAAACAGUUUACUCUCCCACCAAACCUCGGCCAUUACCAACGACAGAGCAUCAAUACUUCUGGGUUCCCCUCUCUUCAACUACCUCAUUUUUACGACCCAGUGGAGCCGGUGGACGUUGAAGGACUUCUGAUGACACACCUGAACAGCUUGGAUGUGGAACUGGCCCAGGAGCUGGGAGACUUCACUGAAGACGACUUGGAUGUGGUGUUCACACCAAAGGAAUGUCGGACUUUGCAGCCCUCGUUGCCAGAGGAAGGGGUUGAACUGGACCCUCACGUCAGGGACUGUGUGCAGACCUAUAUUCGGGAAUGGUUAAUUGUGAACCAGAAAUGGAUCUUAAGUGUGACAGGCCCCCGCCACUUGAACGUGCUGUGUGACGUGUCUGGGAAAGGCCCCCUCACUGCCUGUGACUUCGACCUCCGCAGCCUGCAGCCUGACCAGCGGCUGGAAAACCUCCUGCAACAUGUGAGCGCUGAGGACUUCGAGAAGCAGAAUGAGGAGGCUCGGAGGACCAACCGGCAGGCCGAGCUCUUUGCCCUUUACCCAUCAGUGGACGAGGAGGAUGCUGUGGAAAUACGUCCAGUACCAGAAUGUCCUAAGGAACAUCUGGGCAACAGAAUAUUGGUCAAGCUGCUGACCCUGAAGUUUGAGAUUGAAAUUGAGCCUCUGUUUGCCAGCAUUGCCCUCUACGAUGUUAAAGAAAGAAAAAAGAUCUCGGAAAAUUUUCACUGUGACCUGAACUCUGACCAAUUCAAAGGAUUUCUGCGUGCCCAUACACCCUCUGUUGCCAUAUCGAGUCAGGCAAGAUCUGCGGUGUUCUCGGUCACCUAUCCAUCCUCAGACAUCUACCUAGUCGUCAAGAUUGAAAAAGUCCUUCAGCAGGGAGAGAUUGGAGACUGCGCAGAACCCUACAUGGUUAUCAAGGAAAGUGAUGGUGGAAAGAGCAAAGAAAAGGUUGAAAAACUAAAACUUCAAGCUGAAUCCUUUUGCCAACGUUUGGGGAAAUACCGGAUGCCCUUUGCCUGGGCUCCCAUAAGCUUAUCAAGUUUCUUCAGUGUCUCCACCCUAGACAGGGAGGUAACCGAUGUGGAUCCCAUGGUUGGGAAAGGCUCUGUGGGUGAGCGGAGAACUUUGUCCCAGUCGAGAAGGCUUUCUGAAAGAACUCUGUCCUUGGAGGAAAAUGGGGUUGGAUCCAACGUCAAGACCACCACGAUGACCAUUAACAGCUUUUUCAAGCAGGAGGGAGAUCGCCUCAGUGAUGAAGACUUAUUCAAGUUUUUAGCUGACUACAAAAGAUCUUCAUCCUUACAGAGAAGAGUCAAGUCAAUUCCAGGCUUGCUCAGACUGGAGAUUUCCCUAGCUCCAGAGACAAUCAGUUGUUGUCUGACCCCUGAACUGCUGCCAGUGAGACCCUUUCCUGAAAACCGGACACGUCCGCACAAGGAGAUUUUGGAAUUUCCAAUCCGAGAAGUCUAUGUCCCUCAUACUGUGUACAGAAACCUUCUCUAUGUCUACCCACAGAGACUGAACUUCGCCAACAAACUGGCAUCUGCUCGGAACAUUACAAUAAAAAUCCAGUUUAUGUGUGGAGAGGAUGCUAGCAAUGCUAUGCCGGUCAUCUUUGGAAAAUCCAAUGGGCCUGAAUUUCUGCAGGAAGUAUACACAGCCAUUACAUACCAUAAUAAGUCUCCUGACUUCUAUGAAGAAGUGAAAAUUAAGCUCCCUGCUAAGCUCACAGUAAAUCACCACCUCCUGUUCACCUUCUAUCAUAUCAGCUGUCAGCAGAAGCAAGGGCCCUCCGCAGAAAGCUUCCUGGGAUAUUCAUGGCUGCCAAUUCUCUUAAAUGAGCGUCUUCAAACUGGAUCCUACUGUCUCCCAGUUGCCUUGGAAAAGCUGCCACCCAACUACUCCAUGCAUUCUGCAGAGAAAGUCCCUGUACAGAAUCCUCCCAUUAAGUGGGCUGAAGGACAUAAGGGAGUAUUUAAUAUUGAACUACAAGCUGUUUCUUCUGUUCACACCCAGGACAACCACCUGGAGAAGUUCUUCACCCUCUGCCACUCCCUGGAGAGCCAGGUGACCUUCCCCAUCCGUGUGCUGGACCAGAAGAUCACGGAGACGGCGCUGGAGCACGAGCUGAAGCUCAGCAUCAUCUGCCUCAACUCCUCCCGCCUGGAGCCCCUCGUGCUCUUCCUGCACCUGGUGCUGGACAAGCUCUUCCAGCUGUCCGUGCAGCCCAUGGUCAUUGCCGGCCAAACAGCCAACUUCUCGCAGUUUGCCUUCGAGUCCGUGGUGGCCAUCGCCAACAGCCUGCACAACAGCAAGGACCUGGGCAAGGACCAGCACGGGAGGAACUGCCUGCUGGCCUCCUACGUGCACUACGUCUUCCGCCUGCCUGAGCUGCAGAGAGACCUGCCCAAGUCAGGCGGCCCCACUGCCAUCCCUGACCCUCGCUACCACACAUAUGGACGCACAUCUGCGGCUGCUGUGAGUUCAAAGCUGCUACAGGCCCGGGUGAUGAGCAGCAGUAACCCAGACCUCGUGGGAACACACUCCGCGGCAGACGAGGAAGUUAAGAACAUCAUGUCUUCAAAGGUUACUGAUCGCAACUGCAACCGGAUGUCUUACUAUUGCUCUGGCAAUAAUGAUGUUCCGAAUGCGGCCGGAGCCCCACGGCCAGUCAGCAAAAAGCAUUUCCAUGAGGAGCUUGCCCUGCAGAUGGUGGUCAGCACCGGAAUGGUGAGAGAAACCGUCUUCAAGUACGCCUGGUUCUUCUUUGAGCUUCUGUCUUCCCAGCUGUCAGCCAAGUUGGCCACCCUUCAAACGCUCAUUUCCAUGAGGCUGGAGUUCCUGAGAAUCAUCUGCAGCCACGAACAUUAUCUCAACCUGAACCUCUUCUUCAUGAAUGCAGACACUGCGCCAGUGUCUCCCUGUCCCUCCAUAUCCUCCCAGAACUCGAGCUCCUGCUCCAGCUUCCAGGACCAGAAGAUCGCCAGCAUGUUCGACCUGACUCCGGAGUACCGCCAGCAGCACUUCCUCACCGGGCUUCUCUUCACUGAGCUGGCCGCUGCCCUGGAUGCUGAAGGCGAAGGGAUUAGCAGAGCGCAAAGGAAAGCUGUGAGUGCCAUUCACAGCCUGCUAAGUUCUCACGACCUGGACCCGCGUUGUGUCAAACCAGAGGUGAAGGUCAAAGUUGCCGCCCUUUACCUGCCUUUGGUUGGCAUCAUUUUGGAUGCUUUGCCACAGCUCUAUGACUUUACAGCUACAGAUGCCCGUAGUGGAAAAAAUCGCACCAAUGGCUCGGAUGAAGAACAAGAAGGGACCAGUGCGGUUAACCAGAAUGUGGUGCGGGCCAUAGCUGGGAAUCAGUUCAUUUUGAAGACUAGUGGGACAAUGCUGUCUUACUUGCCCUACAAGCAGUACAACAUGCUGAAUGCCGACACAACCCGAAACCUCAUGAUUUGCUUCCUCUGGAUCAUGAAAAAUGCAGAUCAGAGCCUCAUUAGGAAGUGGAUUGCUGACCUGCCAUCGAUGCAACUCAACAGGAUUUUAGACCUCCUUUUCAUCUGUGUCUCAUGUUUUGAGUACAAGGGAAAGCCAAGUUCUGACAAAGUCAGUACCCAAGUCCUGCAGAAGUCGAGGGAUGUCAAGGCCAGGCUGGAAGAGGCUUUGCUCCGCGGGGAAGGCGCCAGAGGGGAGAUGAUGCGCCGGCGGGUUACAGGGAAUGACCGAUUUUCAUGCCUAAGUGAAAAUUUGAGAUGGAAGAAAGAGCAGACACAUUGGCGGCAAGCUAAUGAGAAACUAGAUAAAACAAAGGCAGAGUUAGAUCAAGAAGCCUUGAUCAGUGGCAAUCUAGCUACAGAAGCAAAUUUAAUCAUCCUUGACAUGCAGGAAAACAUUAUCCAGGCAAGCUCAGCUCUGGACUGUAAAGACAGCCUGCUGGGAGGUGUUCUCAGGGUCCUGGUGAAUUCUCUGAGCUGUGACCAGAGCACCACCUACCUGACUCACUGCUUUGCAACACUCCGAGCUCUCAUUGCCAAGUUUGGCGACUUGCUGUUUGAGGAGGAGGUGGAGCAGUGUGCAGACCUGUGUCAGCGUGUCCUGCACCACUGCAGCAGCAGCAUAGAUGUCACCCGGAGCCAAGCCUGUGCCACCCUGUACCUCCUCAUGAGGUUCAGCUUUGGAGCCACCAGUAACUUUGCAAGAGUAAAGAUGCAAGUAACCAUGUCUCUGGCAUCUUUGGUGGGCAAAGCAUCAGACUUUAAUGAGGAGCACCUGAGAAGAUCCUUGAGGACAAUUUUGGCCUAUGCAGAAGAGGACAAAGCCAUGCAGAGCACCCCUUUCCCUGUCCAGGUGGAGGAACUUCUCUGCAAUCUAAAUAGCAUCUUAUAUGACACGGUGAAAAUGAGGGAAUUUCAGGAAGAUCCUGAGAUGCUUAUGGACCUCAUGUACAGAAUUGCCAAGAGCUACCAGACGUCUCCUGAUCUGCGGCUGACCUGGCUCCAGAACAUGGCGGAGAAACACACCAAGAAGAAGUGCUACACGGAGGCUGCCAUGUGCCUGGUGCACGCGGCUGCCCUAGUGGCUGAGUAUCUGAGCAUGCUGGAGGACCGCAGCUACCUGCCCGUGGGCAGCGUCAGCUUUCAGAAUAUUUCCUCCAACGUGCUGGAGGAGUCUGCGGUCUCCGAUGACACUCUGUCCCCUGACGAGGAUGGCGUGUGCUCCGGCCGGUACUUCACGGAGAGCGGCCUGGUGGGCCUGCUGGAGCAGGCCGCCGAGCUGUUCAGCACGGGAGGGUUGUACGAGACGGUGAACGAGGUCUACAAGCUGGUCAUCCCCAUCCUGGAAGCACAUCGAGACUUCCGGAAGCUGACCUCCACUCAUGACAAGCUGCAGAAGGCUUUUGACAGCAUCAUUAGCAAGGGUCAUAAGAGAAUGUUUGGAACCUACUUCCGAGUUGGUUUUUAUGGAUCCAAAUUUGGGGAUUUGGAUGAGCAAGAAUUUGUUUACAAAGAGCCUGCAAUUACCAAGCUUCCUGAGAUCUCUCAUAGGCUAGAGGGAUUUUAUAGUCAAUGUUUUGGCGCGGAAUUUGUGGAAGUGAUAAAAGACUCUGCCCCUGUGGACAAAACCAAGUUGGAUCCUAACAAGGCCUAUAUACAAAUUACUUUUGUGGAGCCUUACUUUGAUGAGUAUGAGAUGAAAGACAGAGUAACCUACUUUGAGAAGAAUUCCAAUCUGCGAAGGUUCAUGUACACCACCCCCUUCACCCUGGAGGGGCGGCCUCGGGGGGAGCUGCAGGAGCAAUACCGGCGGAACACCAUCCUGACCACCAUGCACGCCUUCCCCUACAUCAAGACGCGGAUCAGCGUCAUCCAGAAGGAGGAGUUUGUUUUGACACCCAUCGAAGUUGCCAUUGAAGAUAUGAAGAAGAAGACGCUGCAGUUAGCGGUCGCUGUUAACCAGGAGCCCCCUGAUGCAAAGAUGCUUCAGAUGGUGCUGCAGGGCUCUGUUGGAGCUACUGUUAACCAGGGACCACUGGAAGUAGCCCAAGUGUUUUUGGCCGAAAUUCCAGCUGACCCGAAACUCUAUCGACAUCACAACAAGUUGAGAUUAUGCUUUAAGGAAUUCAUAAUGCGAUGCGGUGAGGCUGUAGAGAAAAACAAGCGUCUCAUCACGGCAGACCAAAGGGAGUAUCACCAGGAGCUCAAAAAGAACUACAACAAGCUGAAAGAGAACCUCAGGCCCAUGAUCGAGCGGAAAAUUCCGGAACUCUACAAGCCAAUAUUCAGAGUUGAGAGUCAAAAGAGAGACUCCUUCCACAGAUCUAGUUUCAGGAAAUGUGAAACCCAGUUGUCACAGGGCAGCUAAGAAAAGCUGUCUUCACCCAUGAAGACUGAGGCCCUGCGACCCUGGAGAAGGACUCGCUGGUACUUAAAACAUAGGACAUUUGCCAUCAGAACAGACAACUUGCUCCCUGAGCAGACAGCACUCGAAAAGCUUUGGGAUCCAAGUGACCACAGGAAUUCCUCCCAAAUGGGGUCUGACCAGGUUUUGGCCACACUGGGGAGGUGGGGGGGAGUGGAAGAGGGUUAAAGAAGGGUAGCUGUGUAUUUAUUAAAGCGUGGCUUUUCCCAGUAUUGUAUAAAACAAGGCAUAAGCAGUGUGUCCUGCUGAGCAGUCAGCCAUGGUCGCCCUGAGAGAGGGCUUCCUUUGGCCCAUAUUUGGAUUUACAGGAUGCAUUCAUAUUGUCCAAGGAGAAAUGGAAAAGAUGUCCACCGUCCUAUUCAACGGGAUCUUCACUCAUCCCCUCUUUGCGGAAAAAGAGGGUGAGCUUGCAAAAGUGUAAAACGUGUUCAAUAAAUCUGUGAGUGGAGGCCUGCCUAGAAAUCUAAACAUCAUGACAAUGAUUGCAAACUUGAGGCUAGGCUAAUCAUUUGUGAGCUUGUUACCCUUUUGGUAGUGGUGGACUACUUGUUGUAUAGUUAUUUUUGCUUAGGUGUUACUGUUAAUUUAACAUGUGUUUAUAGAGGAGCACACUUGAAGCCCUGAUUUAGGAGGUACAUGGUACUCUGAGAAGCCAGCCAAAAGUCAUGGAUGAGGCAUUCACUUACAUUGAAACAAUUAUUCUAUAAGGCUUUGCAUCUUUUCUGAUGUGUGUGCUCACUCACUCUUUUUCUCCUCCUCUCUGGGACCAAGUUAAUUUGUAUAAAAGGAUAUUAUCUCUGCUCUCCUUUCAGAACACUGUGCUGUCUGUCAGCAUAUGUACAUCACUUCAAGAAUACAGUCAGCUUGAAGUAUUUUAAUUACUUUAGGGGAAAGAUGAACAAAAUUAUUGUUUGAGAAUUAAAUUAUAUAUUUUUAAUAUGGCUGAUUACCUUGACUGGUACUAAAAAUGUAAUAAGAAUUGUAAACAAAACGUGUCCCAUUGCAA